AAACCAUGGCUUUAGAAAGAGUUAAAAAAGCUGAAAGUUUCUACGGGCAGGUCGUUAUAGGACCUCCUGGCUCAGGAAAAACAACAUACUGUGGAAAAGUGUAUGCGUUUUACAAAGAAAAGUUAAACAGGAAAGUAGAAAUCGUUAAUUUAGAUCCAGCUAAUGAAAAUAUGGGUUACAGUCCGAAGAUAGACAUCAUGCAGUUAGUAACUGUAGAAGAUGUCAUGGCCGAACUUAAAUUAGGACCUAACGGAGCCUUAAUGUACUGUAUGGAAUACCUCGAAGAAAACUUUGACUGGCUUCUUAGCAAAUUAAGCAAAAUUAAAGACAGUUAUUUAAUUUUUGAUAUGCCUGGACAAGUUGAGUUGUACACACAUCAUACUGCCAUCAAGGAAAUUUUUGGACGUUUAGAAAAAUUGGGAUAUCAUUUGUGUGCAGUGCAUUUGGUCGAUUCUCACUAUUGCUCAGAUCCUCCAAAAUUUAUUUCUACUCUGUUGCUAUCUCUAUCUACGAUGUUGCAAAUUGGCCUUCCUCAUGUGAAUGUACUAAGCAAGGCAGAUCUUCUUAAGAAGAAUGCAUCAAAGCUUGACUUCGGUUUAGACUUCUAUACUGAUGUGAUGGAUUUGGAAUACUUACUAGAACUUCUAGAUGAUGGUCCAUUUACGAAAAAGUACAAGAAGUUAAAUGCAGCUCUCGUGGAUAUCAUACAAGAGUACAGUUUGGUUGGGUUUGUGCUUUUGAAUGUGAAAUCAGAUAAAAGUUUGCUGGAAUUGAAAAGUGCUGUUGAUAAGGCCAAUGGCUACAUCUAUGGCAGUGGUGAAGAAAGAAGUAUACAAGCACUUUUGUCCUGUGCUGUUGGUGCCCGAACUGAAAGUGAAAGAUUUGAUGUUGAUUAUAUGUAAUACAUAGUAAUAUUUCAGUUGUAUAAGAAUCUUUUGUAAUUUUUAUUGGAAUUAAAAACAUUUAAAGUGAAAAAAAAA